AUGUGGAAUAUUUCGUUUCAAGAUAAUAGAGGAUUGCUACUUUGGGAAAUGCCCUCUGUGAUUUCGAUCAAAAAAGGAAAGGGCUUUACUAGAGAACACCUCCUAUUCUCCACUUACAUUCAUUUCCUUGACACAGAGACUGCCCAUUUGCAGAUGCUUUACUGGACUGCUCAGCUGCUGAUUUGCAACAACCUUUGGUUGGUAUACCAGUUUGUGUCAGGACAUGAGAAUAGAUCAUGGCAUAAAAUAAAUGAGCCGAUAGUCAACUCGCGCCUGGAUUGUUGUGACGGGCUUCCUUAUCGCAUGCCGGAAUUGCCAUUAUCCGCGUAUGAACUACGUGCGAUCGCUGUCAAUAUUGCUCGGUCUCUGGAAUAUUUCCUUACUCCAGAAUUGAUGACGAUCGGAGUAACCAUGUUCGCUUUCCCAGUCACUGUUUCUUUGGGGUAUUUCCAAUAUUUUGACCUCCCUGAAGCAAAGUGGUUUGAUUUUGUGUUUGAGUAUAUUCUGAAUUCUUCCGGUAUAGAUAUUGGUAUCAGAAUAUCCCUAGGAAUGAACCAUCUGUUAUUGAAUUCUUUUUCUUAUCGUUUCUCUUCUGGGCCAUUUACCCGUCAAAUCUACCUGUUCAAUAAACGAAAAUACACAAAACCAAAAGCUAUGGCGAAAUGUUCACUCUCUGCGUGGAAAAUUAUCCCCCAAUUUUGCAGUACCUCAAUACCCCAGACUAUUGAAUUUUACACGAAAUCACUCUACUUUACCCUCGGAGGAACACACCCGGAUGACGAUGCAAAUACGGCCCCGACUUUUUGCUCAGUAUUUAUCGGGAAAAAGGCGGAUGCCAAUAUAUACUUUUUUCAAACAAAGUUGUCAUCUUCAAGGCCAACUGAAACAGAGGAUAGAGGUGCCAGUGAAGACAACCAGGAAAUAUUCCACCCGUCUUCGACGAUGAUUGCUCUGGGAACCGCGGAGCUAGACGAAUACUACGACAUUCUGGUUGAGGAAGGGAAAGUCAAGAUUACCGAGCCUAUCGAGGACAAGCAAUGGGGUUAUCGACAGUUUACUUUGGAGGAUCCUGACGGCAACAAGAUCACCUUUUUCAAAUUCUUGGAAGGGGGAAAUCCUGGGUCGGAAUGA